CGCCUGCGCCUUUCGGCCUUUCCUUUUCCUUUUCCUGUUCGGCGUCCGAGCCACGCGAGGGGCAGCCGCAGCACCGCCAUGGGCCACCAGCAACUCUACUGGAGCCACCCGAGGAAGUUCGGGCAGGGAUCGCGCUCCUGCCGCGUCUGCUCCAACCGGCACGGACUGAUCCGCAAGUACGGCCUCAACAUGUGUCGCCAGUGCUUCCGCCAGUACGCCAAGGACAUCGGCUUCAUUAAGUUGGAUUAAAUACCUGUCUACAGAAGUGGUUUGAGGAGACUGGCAAGCUGGAAUAUGUGGCUGGAUGAACUGUUCUUGCUAUCCUUACUAUUGUGUUAAUUAGAAAGGGAGAGUUGUCCACCCUGACUCUCAAAUAUUGUAAUUUCUGUUUGUUAAUGCUGACGUGUAAAUUAUGUGACAGUCAUAUUUAACACACCUUGAUAUAAAUGACACCUGUUUGGUUUCCUUUGUUUCUUUAAUAAAAAACAGUUAUCCUCAAAUGUAUUUGAGAAGAAACAA